CUGUCAUUGUAGCUCGUCGGUCGGAUCCGACUAUUCCGAACAGCCGAAUAAAUUUAGUUAAAAUUUGAUUUUAUCCACAUUAUAUAUGUAAUUUUAAUAGAAGUUAUUAUCUACAGAGAUGCUGCGUGCAGUCGUGUUAGGUUCUGGUUUGGUUAGCAUGAUGCCGUCGGUGAAUGCUGCUACUCCCGUUAAGAAUGAGCCAAGUGAACCAGUGAAACCUGCGCCAAUGAGACCGUCAGAUUUACCAAUUUACGAAGCACCACAUGCAGAAUACGGCGAAUUUGAAGAAACCAAAAGGUAUUCAAAGAAAUCUGGCUACAUAAGGACAGCACUGCAGGGGCCAGUGCGCGUGGUCCGCGAACAAAUACAGACUGUGUGGGCUCACACAGAUUCCAUCAACAAUGCUGUGCAUGACAACUUCAAUGAAUUCCAAGAUAGGACUGAAUGGAUUGUUAGAUAUCUCCGUGAAGAGGAGAAUAAGCAGGUGCGCACUGGUGCUGUGGUUAUUGGUGGCCUCACUGGAUUCAUCUUUGGACUUAGAGGCGGAAUAAUUAGAAGAGUCUUCUAUGCUGGUGUGGGAACCACUGCCAUGGGAAUGAUUUGCUUCCCUGAGGAAACGAAGGAAUUUUCCAAGAACAAUGGAGCACUUGCAAAGCAGUAUAUCAACAUAGCAUACAACUUUUUGUAUGGAGUAAAGCCAGGCGACCCUCAACUGGAAGUUCAUUUCCCUGAGCUGUCAUUUCCCAAAAACUUUUCGGAGUUUGUGGAUUUGAGUGCCUCAAUGGCUUCGUCCGUGAAGCAGGCGGUCAUGCCACCGCCCACUAAGGAAGCGGCUGAUCUAAAGCCAACAGAAAAAAAAUAAUUAGGUGGAAUUUUCAGUCAGUAUCAAUAAGCAUAUAAAUGGUUACGUACAUGUGAAGUUCUGUUUACCUACAAGAAAACAUUUGCUGCAACUACGACCAAGAAAGGAUGUACUUACUGUCUUCAAUUAACGUUUUUAAUACCUUUAAAAAGUAUUAAAAAAUUACUUAGCGUCUGCCACGCCGUGGGCUCGACUAGUUGCUUACUUACGACGUCUGUUCUUUGUGUUCAAAAGGUUAAGAUAGUAUUUCAGUGUUAUUAAAAUAAAACAUCGUGAUUAUAA